AUGCACUGGGUGUCCCUGGUAUGACUAGAAUUCAGUUCUUAGCUUCUGUUAGAGAGCGCUGCAUGUCUGAUGAUCUCAGGCUCGAAGAGUGCCUUGGUUUCUUUCAUCACUUCGUACAGAUGCAACCUUUGCCACCCAUUUUCUGCUUCAACCAUCUAUUUGGGGCAAUGGCCAGAAGGAGACAUUAUUCCUCUGUGUUCAAUUUGUACGAGGAGAUGAGUUCCUUGAGAAUCCUUGGUGACAUUUGCACGCUUAACACCUUGAUUAAUUGCUUCUGCCGCUUGAAACAUGUGGAUUUCGGAUUUUCUAUAUUUGGUAACAUUCUGAAGCUUGGUUAUAGACCAAAUGUUGUGACAUUCAAUUCUCUGAUCAAGGGACUCUGCAUGGAUGAGGAAGUAGCAGAGGCCAUGGACUUGUUCAAUAAGAUGGUAAAGAAGGUUUACCCAUGUUCUGAACUCACAUAUGGAACAAUAAAUGAUGGGCUCUGCAAAGCUGGGAACAGUGGAAGGGCCCUUAGCUUGCUCAGAAUGGAAGAGAAGGGAAGAUGUAAGCCAGACUUAAUCAUAUAUAGCACAAUCGUUCAGAGCUUACGUAAAGACGGGUUAAUUGAUGAGGCCCUUAGACUAUUCUCAGAAAUGACUGCUAAAAGCAUGUCACCUGACGUGAUCACUUAUAGUUCUUUGAUUCAAGGCCUAUGCGACGUUGGCCGAUUGAGAGAAGCUGCGAGUUUAUUCGACCGGAUGGUAGAUGUUGGAAUCUCACCAGAUGUUGUAACCUUUAGCAUUAUUUUGGAUGCUCUUUGGGAUGGCAAGAUUGUGGAGGGACAUACCCUGCUAGACAUGAUGAUUCGAAGAGGUAUAGAGCCUGAUACAAUCACCUACAGUGCAUUAAUGAAUGGAUACUGCCUGCAGGGUAAAAUGGAUGGUGCCCUAGAAACCUUUCAUUCCAUGGUGGGUAGGGGCCACAAGCCUGAUGUGGUUACCUACAAUGUGUUGAUUAACGGAUUUUGUAAGUGUAAGAGGAUAGAUGAGGCCAUGGAGCUCUUUUGGGUCAUGUAUGGCAAGGGAUUGAAGCCUGAUGUUGCAACGUUUAAUACUCUAAUAGGAGGAUACUGCCUGCUUGGCAGAGUUGGGGCUGCACAGGAGCUUUUUGACGAUAUGCAAGCCCAUGGCAUGGGUCGAAAUAUCAUCACAUACAGUAUUUUGUUGGAAGGGCUAUGUAAAAACAACUGUCUUGAUGAGGCAAUAAAACUGAUUUAUUUGGUGGAAAGUGGAACAGUUAGACCUGAUAUAAGGGCUUAUGUUAUUCUCAUUGAUGGCAUGUUUAGAGCUGGAAGACCUGCAGAUGGCAGAAAACUUUUUGAGAGAACUUCUACUCAGGGAUUGGAACCCAAUGCAGUUACAUAUACCAUAAUGAUAAAAGGACUAUGUGCAGAAGGUCUGUUGGAAGAAGCUAAUGAAUUUUUCUCACAGAUGAAAGAGAAGGUUCUCCAGCCAGACGAAUUCACAUUCAAUGGAAUUGUCUGGGGCUUUCUUAAAAAAAACGAGAUCCAUACAGCAAUGCAGCUACUGAAUGAAAUGAUUGACAAGGGUUUCUCACCGAGGGCAAAGGUGACAUCUGUGAUAGUGAAUUGGCUUGCAGCGGAUGGGUCAGAUCACGAAUGCCUGAAAAUGCUCCAGAAGUUGUUGCCAACAAAAGGAAAACAUGUUAAAUCCUGACUCAUUGUGUGACCCUUUUUAGGUGUUGCAGUUUAUGCUGUUCCCUACACCAUUUGAGGAUCAUAUUAUCUUGUUUGGACAGAAAAAGUUGUAGCACUCUGCAAGAAAACCUACUCAAUGUCAGAUUAUCAGGCAACUAGGAAACUUUCACGGACGAAGAAAUUGGGAGUAUGGAGUUUCUCAUUGUUGUUGCAAGCUAAUUUUGUCUGCCGUCGAUUUCAUACAAAUGCAUUGUUGUUGUUUCUGGUCUGUU